AUGGAUGAAAACAUAUACACCAACGCAUACUCACUGCCUACCGACACUGCCAAACAUUCUUACUCGCAGCGUACUGGAUUCGAGAACCAACAGAUGGCCCCCUCGAACACCUUCCAAGCUCAACAGCACGGCCGUCCUCCAUCACACUCGCAGGGUGCCGGAGUUUGGAACCAACAGACUGGCCCUUCCAAUACCUUUCAAGCUCAACAGCACGGCUAUCCUCCAUCACACUCGCAGCGCACCGGACACGACUAUCCUCCAUCACACUCGCAGCGCACCGGGUUUGAGAACCGACAGACGGCCCCUUCGAACACCUUUCAAGCUCAACAGCACGGCUAUCCUCCAUCACACUUGCAGCCUCAUCAGCCAUCUUAUGGUUCUCAAUCUUCCGAGUUCGGCUUUGGUCAAAUGCACGGACAGCACUCUUACCAGCACCAACACCAGCAACAAUACCAGCCAUCAUACUAUGGCACUCAGUCACCGCAGAUAGACUUUGGCCAGCCACAUGUGCUGUCAAACCCCGGCCUACAACCACGACCAAGCUAUGGCUAUCCGCCUCCGUAUGGAGGCCUGGGCCAGCCCAGAUUGCAGAAUCGACACUCACAUCUUGGCUUUCCGCCUCAGCAGGCAGUCUACGGCCAUCCACAUGUCGUGGAACAGCAUCCAAGACAUGGUAGCCAACCUCAACAGACGGGGUAUGGUCAACCGCUACCCCAAAGUCAGCAGCCAUUCGAAUCACGAGGGGCAACAUUUGGUCAGCACCACGUCCUACAACGGCAGCCAAAACCUGCCUUUCGGCCGCUGAAGACAGGUAGCGAUGAGCCAUCACAACACAGAGCAAAGCUGCUUACUGCACAGCCACAACCAACGCCUCCGACACACACAACUCCAGCAGCAAUCGACUUUGACUCAAUGUCCAAAAAGGAGUUGAAAGAGUGGAGCAGAGAAAACGGCCUCCCAUGCUCGCAUCUAAAGGGUGUUCUGAUUCAACAAGCCAAACAAAACGCCCCCAUAAAGACAACACAUAGGGGACAGAAAAACAAGAAGAAGGUCACUUUCGAGACGAGCGAACCAACGAAAGGCAAACCUGUGAAAGAGGUGACAGAGACAGAGUCGGAUACGGAAAUGGAAGAGAUGACGAACGAGUUCACGGACUACUCGCAAUACCUCGAACGUCACAGAGAGAAAAACGGAGGUACCGACAUGGGGGCCCUAUCUUUGGAACAGUACAACGGUGCAUGUGAUGACGCCAUGUACGAGUCAAUACCGUACGACAGAUACCUGGAAGACAUCAAGAAUGGGGACGACACGACUGAGCCCAUAAUGAGUCGCUACGAAUUUGAGAUCCAAUUCGCCGAGAUUGAGCUUGCGAUAAAGAAUUCCUAG